UCCCUGAAAGGAGCCCGAGGGCCUCUCACAGCGUCCUCACAGGCCUUAUGGGAAGGCCAGAAGAGGCAAGCCUGUCGUCACGCAGACCAGGGAUAGCCGUUCAACAAAGCUGGGGCGUAAUUUCCCUUUGGAACAAUGUGGCCCAGAGUAAUGAUGCGGGUGUGCUGGUUGGUGAGACAGGACAACCGGCACCAGCGAAUCAAACUUCCACAUUUGGAAGCAGUCGUGGUUGGGCGUGGCCCAGAGACCAAGAUCACUGAUAAGAAAUGUUCUCGACAGCAAGUGCAGUUGAAAGCAGAGUGUAACAAAGGAUAUGUCAAGGUAAAGCAGGUAGGGGUCAAUCCCAGCAGCAUUGACUCAGUCAUAAUUGGGAAGGACCAAGAGGUGAAGCUGCAGCCUGGCCAGGUUCUCCACAUUGUGAAUGAACUUUAUCCAUAUAUUGUAGAAUUCGAGGAAGAGGCAAAGAGCCCUGGCCUGGAAACACACAGGAAGAGAAAGAGGUCAGGCAACAGCGAUUCCUUAGAAAGGGAUGCUGCCCAGGAAGCUGAGCCCAGUACAGGACUGGUACCUGGGAGUGACCCUAGCCAAUGCUUUGUGCCCCCAAACAAGGGGACAGAUGAAUCUACCAAAAAGGAAUCAUUGGGCCACUGGAGUCAAGGCUUGAAGAUUUCUAUGCAAGAUCCCAAAAUGCAGGUUUACAAAGAUGAGCAGGUGGUGGUGAUUAAGGAUAAAUACCCCAAGGCUCGUCACCACUGGCUGGUCUUACCAUGGGCCUCACUUUCCAGUCUGAAGGCUGUGACCAGAGAACAUCUUGAGCUCCUCAAACAUAUGCAUACUGUGGGGGAAAAGGUGAUUGCAGAUGCUGCUGGGUCCAGCAAACUCCGCUUCCGAUUGGGCUACCACGCCAUUCCCAGCAUGAGCCAUGUACACCUUCAUGUGAUCAGCCAGGAUUUUGAUUCUCCGUGCCUUAAAAACAAAAAACAUUGGAAUUCUUUUAAUACAGAAUACUUCCUAGAAUCUCAAGCUGUGAUCAAGAUGAUACAAGAGGCUGGCAGAGUGACUGUCCGAGAUGGUAUGCCUGAGCUCUUGAAGCUGCCCCUGCGUUGUCAUGAAUGCCAGCAGCUGCUGCCUUCCAUUCCUCAGCUGAAAGAGCAUCUCAGGAAGCACUGGCCAGAGUGAUUCUGUGGAACCUGAACUUCUGCAGCAAGUAUGGUGAUUGUUUAGAGCAAACUCCUGGCACCUGUUCUGGAUUGCUUGUGAACUUUUAUUUCUUAAAUUAAAAAUACAGGCUUUU